AGUGGUACUGGAUGCGAUGUCUUGUGAAUGUCGGUAGAUGAACUCAACGGUGUGUCUGUGUGUAGAUGUACUCCAUCCGCAGCCUGCCCAGCAUGGUGUACCGGGAGCAGCCAGAGGAAGACGGAGUAGAGGACAUGACGCAGCUGGAGGAGCUGUCUGAGGGAUCUGUGCUGCUCAACCUGAAGAAGAGGUUUGAGAGAGAGAUCAUCUAUACAUAUAUAGGUAGUAUCCUGGUCUCGGUGAACCCCUAUAGGAUGUUCAACAUGUACGGAACUGACAUGGUGCUGAAGCACAAGGGAACCGCUCUGGGAGAGAACCCUCCACACCUGUUUGCCAUAGCAAACGUCUCCUACACCAAAAUGAUGGAUGCCAAACAGAAUCAGGUUAUUAUAAUCAGUGGGGAGAGUGGAUCAGGGAAGACUGAGGCCACUAAACUGCUGCUGCGUUACCUAGCAGCAAUACACCACAAACACAACAUUACACAACAGAUUCUUGAGGCAGCUCCUCUUCUAGAAUCCUUUGGAAAUGCCAAAACAGUUCGCAACGACAACUCCAGUCGCUUCGGCAAAUACGUGGAGAUCUAUCUGGAGGAGGGUGUGAUCAGCGGUGCCAUAACCUCUCAGUAUCUGAUGGAAAAGUCCCGUAUAGUCUUCCAGGCCAGAGAUGAGAGGAACUAUCAUAUCUUCUAUGAGAUGCUGUCAGGUCUUCCCCCCCAGCAGAGGCAGGCCUUCUACCUGCAGGAGGCGGAGACGUAUUAUUACCUGAACCAGGGAGGGGAUUGUGGGAUAGCAGGAAAGAGUGACAGGGAGGACUUCCUCCGUCUGCUGGCUGCUAUGGAGAUCCUUCACUUCACCCCUGACGACCAGGCGUCCAUCUUUAGAGUCCUGUCUUCUAUUCUACACCUGGGGAACGUCUACUUCCAAAGAUAUGAGGCGGAUGGCCAGGAGGUGGCGUCUGUGGUCAGUGCUCAGGAGAUCAGAGUCGUAGCUGAGCUGCUCCAGAUCUCCCCUGAGGGACUCCAGAAGGCCAUCACACACAAAGUCACGGAGACCAUGAGGGAGAAGAUCUACACCCCUCUGACGGUAGAGAGUGCUGUAGACGCCAGAGAUGCUGUUGCCAAGAUCCUGUACUCUCUGUUGUUCCACUGGCUGACUGAGAGGAUUAAUGGACAGGUGUAUCCUCGACAUCACGCUCUGUCAAUAUCUGUGCUGGAUAUAUAUGGCUUUGAGGACCUGUCCUUCAACAGCUUUGAGCAGCUGUGUAUUAACUAUGCUAAUGAGUACCUGCAGUUCUUCUUCAAUAGGAUCGUCUUCAGACAGGAGCAGGAGGAGUACAACAGGGAGCAGAUCCCGUGGCAGGACAUCCCGUUCAGCGACAACCAGUCCUGCAUCGACCUCAUCUCCUCUAAGCCCCAUGGGAUACUGAAGAUCCUGGAUGACCAGAGCUGCUUUCCCCAGGCGACAGACCACACCUUCCUCCAGAAGUGUCAUUAUCACCAUGGUAACAACAAGAUCUACCUGAAGCCAAAGAUGCCCCUCCCAGAAUUCACCAUCAAACACUUCGCUGGCCCGGUCACCUACCAGGUUCACAAGUUUCUGGAUAAGAACUACGACCAGGUUGGACAGCAGGUUCUCCAUCUGUUCAGCCACAGCAAGAACAAGAUGGUGGCCAACCUCUUCCUUGUUCACGCGGAGGUUGUAGGUCAGCAUAGAGGUCAUGUGAGGAAGAGCAGCACGGUGACCCGGAGACACCAGCCCCCCACCGUCUCCACCAAGUUCACCCUGUCACUUCUGGAACUGGUAGACAAGAUGGAGAGGUGCAACCCAUCGUUUAUACGCUGCAUAAAGCCAAACAGACAGAAGGAGCCAGGUGUGUUUGAGACGGAGCUGGUCGGCAGUCAGCUGAGGUAUUCUGGUAUCUUGGAGACCAUCAGGAUCCGGAGAGAGGGUUACCCUGUUAGACUGGCCUUCAACAUCUUCCUGUUCAGGUACAAGUCUCUGGUGGGUGUGAAGCAGCCUCCAGCUCCUGAUGGGGAGAACUGUGUCAUCAUGCUCAGCAAACUGGUUCCCCUCCGACCCGGGGCCUACCAAGUAGGAGUGACUAAGCUGUUUCUGAAGGAGGACGUGUACCAGUUGUUGGAGUCUAAGAGAGAGCGUGUCCGUCAGGUGGCGGCCCUCACCCUGCAGAGAUACACACGCAUGUUCUUUGUCAGGAAACGAUACAAGGAGUUCAGAACCAAGAUCAUCAGACUACAGGCCUACUGUAGAGGCUUCCUCACCAGGAAGCGCUAUUUGAAGAUGAGAAAGAGUCUGGUCAAGUUUCGUUCUCUCAUCCACAUGUACGUCACCCGCAAGAGAUACAUCAAGAUGAAGCUGGAGGCCCGCAGGAAAGCAGAGGAGGAGAGGAGGAGGAGAGAGGAGGAGCUGACGAAGAGAGAGGUGGUUAACGUCACACACCUGGUGAUCCCUGCCGAGCUUGGCUCUUUACUGCAGGCUGCAUCAGGUGGCAGAGAGCUCCAUUCUGAGUGUCUAGCUCUGGUCCAGGCACCACACAUCCAGGAGCAGAACCAGCUGACUCUGCCGCUGGACAUCAACGACUACCCCUUCAGCCGCUACGCACAACUCUACUUCAGGGAGCCUAUGUUUGGGAUGCUAACGGUUCCCUUGGAGAGGACCCUGACGUACACAGAUGAGGACCUCCGACAGGAAGCUCUGGAGCUGUUUAUUAUGAUCCUGAGGUUCAUGGGCGACCCCCACCUGAAUGGGGCUCAGGAGAACCUGUUUGGGAACUACAUCAUCCAGAGAGGACUGGCCAAUCAGGGCCUGCGAGACGAGAUCCUGGCUCAGCUGGCCAACCAGGUGUGGCGGAACCCUAACCAUGACAACGCGGAGAGAGGCUGGCUGCUGCUGCUGGGGUGUGUCUGCUGCUUCCUCCCCUCCUCCAGGCUGCACACACACCUACUGAAGUUUGUGUCUGACCACGCCCCUGCUGGUUGCCGGGCACUGCUGCAGCACCGGCUGAUCCAGGCCAAUCAGAAGUCCCGGCUGUUAUCAGGCUCCGCCCCUGAGACAGCACGCACCUAUCCACUGUCUCUGUUAGAGUGGACAGCCAAUAGGAAGAGGGCUAACAUGGUGCUACAGGUGUCCUGUUUCGACGGAGAAUCGUUCCUGUGUCCCGUACAAUCCUGGACCAGUGGGGAAGAUCUGGCGGGAGACAUCCUGCGACACAGGGGAGUGUGUGAGGCGUGGAGGGGGUUUUCUAUACUGAUGAAGGAGCAUGGGCAGUGGGCGGAGCUAGCCGGUCAUGAUUACGUCAUGGAUCUGAUCUCAGACUUGGAGCUGCCGUCCGACUUCCCCAAACAGAAGAGUUACUUCAUCAUCUCAGCUGAGGAUCCUAAUAGGGUUCGAACCAACGCCAGCCUAACUCUGUUUGGCAGUGGUUUUGACAGUGAUGAAGAGCUGCCCCCGCCCUUCCUCAGCACCACCCAACCUGCGUACAGCCUGCCAGGCUCUGACGGAUACUCCAGCCACGUGGAGUCUGAUGUGUUCAGCGAUGGUCAGACUCAGAGAGGGGUGGAUCGCUACCUGGACAGCCUCUUCAACCCUGUGUUAUCAGACGGCAGCACGGACCUGGACAAGCCAGCCAGUAUGACAGGCCGGAUGAAGGGAGGAGGAGGAAUAGGAGGAGGAGAGGAGGAGAGAGGUCAGGCCCCCUCCAGCAGACCAUAUCCCCCAGGACUACAGCCCGGAGGUUCUCCAGAACAGACAGGGAUGUCUCAGCAGCAACAGACCAUCAUCAACCAGCAAGCCAUCAUACUGGCCCAGCAGAUGACCAUGCAGGCCAUGGCUUUCCAGCAGCAGAUGUUGUCUUCCUUCCCCCUCGCCCCCCAGGCCCCUCCCACACAACCAAGCCCCCGCACCUCAGGCCAU